AUGAAGACCCGCUUCCGUCUGAACUACGACUUUCUCGACCAAUUGACCGAUGAGAAGCUAGCCGAAGCGGCGACGAAAGAGCUCCUCCGAAGUGGUGGGAAUCCGGACGAUAAGUUUGUGCACCCAUGCGACGAUCUAGCCCUCCGCGAGGAAUGGCUCCAAGAGUGCCAGUCUGUGGUUUUGGUUGACAUUACUCUUUACUAUACUUCCGUAUGCGUGAUGGCGCUCAAGGCACAAUAUCGCUGCGAGUACGACGAUUCCAAAAUUCUCUUGAAACAGGGACCUAUGCACUACUUUGCCAAGGGUCUCUUUUCCUUUCAAUGUGGCGAGAAUUCCAGUGAGGAUAUCAUACAGCUCAAAAUCACCAGAAAGGAGUCCAUUAUCAAGGUUCGCCCCGAGAGAAAUGGAGAAAAAGGCAAAGCUGUGACAGUAUCCACUUCAAAUCCGUCAAUAUCAACGUCCAUUUGA